CGCCAAGCAACCAAGACGAGAGAGCAGCCCAGCACUGCUGAUCCAUCCGUACAUGCAAAACUCCACCCCGUCCGAGCGAGCGCUCCAUCCAGCCUGCACUACAUCGCCAUACUUCUGAUUUCAGCAUUGCGCCCGCGCUCUUCUUCUGCACAACAACAACAACCAACAACGACAACAACGACAACAACCGUUGCUCGCCCAGCACAUAGCAACUCGCAACUCGCAGCACGCCCCGCCCCACCAGACAUGGUCGCCUGUUGAGCAGCUAUCGCGCACGCCUCUCCUUCUCCACCACAAACCCUCCGCAACGUCGCCUGCGAGCGCAACGCACUCCACGCCCGCCACGCCCGCCGCCCUCGUGGGAUCCCCAGACGCCGCCACAGAAACGACUCCCCACCCUUCCGCCUCGUCCCUUUUUCACAAUGGGAAACGGACGUAGGGGCGUCAAGUUUGCCCAUAGGAAAGGCAAUGGCAGCGUCGACGGCCGCCGCGCCAGCUUCAGCGAGCACAGCGAGGCCAGCCAGGAGGGCUCCCCAAAGACCAGGUCCUCGCCCCACAUGGACCAGAUCGCCGAGAAAGACGCCGCCCCACCACCGCAGAACGACUACGAGAAGAAGAAGCAGAACUUCAUAACAAGAACAAUAUGGACUCUGCUCAUGAUCGGUGGCUUCUUCGCCGCCCUCUUCAUGGGCCACAUAUACGUCAUUCUCGUCAUCACAGUCAUCCAGAUCAUCUCCUUCAAGGAGGUCAUCGCCAUCGCGAGCGUCCCCUCCCGAGCCCGCCAACUCCGCUCCACAAAGAGCUUGAACUGGUAUUGGCUUGCCACCACCAUGUACUUCCUCUACGGAGAGAGCGUCAUCUACUACUUCAAGCAUGUUGUCCUUGUGGACAAGGUACUCCUACCUCUGGCCACCCACCACCGUUUCAUCAGUUUCAUGCUCUACAUUAUUGGCUUCGUGUUCUUUGUGGGCUCCCUCAAGGGUGGCCAGCUCAAAUUCCAGUUCACCCAGUUCGCCUGGACACACAUGGCGCUCCUCAUCAUUGUCGUUGAGGCUCACUUUAUCAUGAACAAUGUAUUGGAGGGCCUGGUCUGGUUCUUCCUGCCUGCCGCCCUGGUCAUAACCAAUGACAUCUUCGCCUACAUCUGCGGCAUCACCUUCGGCCGCACUCAGCUCAUCAAGCUGUCCCCCAAGAAGACCGUCGAAGGUUUUGUGGGCGCCUGGGUCUUUACUGUCAUUUUCGGCUACGCCCUGACAAACCUGAUGAUGCGCAGCGGCUACUUCACAUGCCCUGUCAAUGACUUUGGCGCCAACGUUUUCACCGGUCUGCAAUGCCAGCCCAACCCUGUGUUCCUCCCCUACAAGUACGAACUCCCCCAACUAUUUUUCCUCCCGGAAAACACGCAGUUCAGCGUGACCAUGGAGCCGAUGCAGAUACACACCAUGAUCUUUGCAACAUUUGCAUCUCUGAUUGCCCCGUUCGGCGGCUUCUUUGCCUCUGGGCUGAAGCGCACCUUCAAAAUCAAGGACUUUGGCCACUCCAUUCCCGGUCACGGGGGUAUGACAGACCGCAUGGACUGUCAGUUCAUCAUGGGCUUCUUCACCUUCAUGUACUAUCACUCCUUCAUCGCCACGCACAAGGUCGGGCUCGGCGGUGUCUUGGAGACUGCUAUCACGGGCUUGACUGUGGAUGAGCAGAUUGAGCUUGUUCGGAAUAUGGCCAGAUAUCUCGGCAAUCAGGGCGCCCUGGGAGAUGACGUUCUAUCAUGUCUAGACCUGGCCCUGCCCAACAAGAGGUGAGGGAAAAGAAAUGCAUUAGUGUGGGGAAGCGGAAAGAAAUUUUGACUUUGGCGGCAUCUUUUCUCCCAAGAAACAAUUACAAUUGGGCAUUGUUAUGGACAUUGGGGAACAUUUGUGAUGAUGAGUCCUGGGUGUGCUUAUUAUCAAGGCAGUACAAUCGAGUAGUCCUGGGUAUAAUCGCGGGCGGAAGGGCUUGCAGGUCAGGAUUAGAUCUGCUCUACUCUCUUAGUUGUUACAUACCCAAGCGUUAAUCAACUGCCUCCGAGGGGGUGACUGUUUUCUGAA